AUGACAACCACAAAGAAGAUAACACAAAGAUUGACUUGUGAGUCAUUCAAACAAUGGAUUCAAGGUCUUGAUGCCUUUCUAUUCGACUGUGAUGGAGUGCUAUGGCGUGGAGCUACCCCAAUUAAGGGUGCAGCCAAUAUGAUCAGCCUCUUGCGAUCAUUGGACAAACGCGUUGUGUUUGUGACCAACAAUGCCACGAACAGCCGUGCUACCUACGUGAAGAAAUUCGCGUCGCAGGGCAUCAUUGCUGAUGAGGCCGAUAUCGUCACUUCAGCGUGGGCUACAGCGCAGUACAUGAAGCAGCAAAAGAUUGAAGGUAAGGUAUAUAUGGUGGGUGAAGCUGGUCUUCAGACAGAGCUGGAGCUAGAAGGAUACCAAGUCAGCGGUAUGGAGCAUAGCGACAUCAAGGGCCUUCCACAUGUACCGACGAUCGAUAUGGAUACAAAGGCUGUUGUCUGUGGCCUGGACAGACACUUUUCAUACUACAAGAUGGCGUACGCUACGGCGUGUGUUCUUCAAAUUCCGAACUGCCACUUCAUUGGUACCAACCCAGACUCGACGUAUCCGACGGAUGGUGCCAUCGUCCCGGGUGGUGGCUCUCUAGUCCACAUGCUGGAAUUCGCCAUUGGCCAUCCCCCAGAGGCUGUGUGUGGCAAGCCAUCGCAGGAUCUGCUUCAGACCAUUAUCACUACGUACAAGUUGAACCCCUCACGCACGUGCAUGGUGGGUGAUCGUCUUUCGACAGACAUUGAGUUUGGCAACGCCGGUGGUCUGCAAACGUUGUUGGUACUGACUGGCAUCGCGAACGAGUCGGACCUGAGCAACAUUGACAACGCUAAUCACGUGCCAGAUCACUACGUCGAUUCCAUUGACGCGAUCAAUCAGUUUCAAGCUGCGACGCUUGAGAACUAA